AUGGACUCGCCUAAAUAUGUAUAUAUAUUUCUUUCUGUACAGAUUGCGAUCUUUCUCCUAUUGGGAUUACUACUGUUGGUGGAAUGCAGGCAUGGAGGAUCGGCGGAAUCCCUGCAAUUUCCGGCGAUAAACUGCCGGAAACACACUGCUUACCUCACAGAUUUUGGCGGCAAAGGUGACGGAAACACCCUAAACACGGCGGCCUUCAACUCAGCUAUUGCAAACCUUAGCAAGCAAGCAUCAGACGACGGUGGCGCUCAGCUCAUCGUACCACCGGGGAAAUGGCUAACUGGACCUUUCAAUUUGACCAGCCAUUUCACCCUUUAUAUCCACAACGAUGCCACCAUUCUUGCCACUCAGGAUGUAUCACAAUAUCCUCUUAUUCCACCAUUGCCAUCUUAUGGAAGGGGAAGAGAUGCACCCGGAGCUAGGAUGAUCAGUCUCAUCUUUGGAACAAACCUCACUGACGUUGUCAUUACUGGUGGAAAUGGUACGAUAGAUGGUCAAGGAGAGGCUUGGUGGGUGAAGUAUCGUGAGAAGGAGCUUAAGAACACAAGGCCUUACCUUAUUGAGAUUAUGCAUUCUAAUCAAAUCCAAAUAUUCAAUCUCACACUGCGUAACUCUCCAUCCUGGGUUGUCCAUCCUGUUUACAGCAGUGACAUUAUAAUUCAACAUUUGACAAUUCUCUCACCCAUUGAUUCUGCAAAUACGGACGGCAUUGAUCCAGAUUCUUGCACGAAUGUUAGAAUAUGGGAUAACUACAUCGUGUCGGGAGAUGACUGCAUCGCACUGAAGAGUGGGUGGGAUGAGUACGGGAUAAAAUACGGCAUGCCAACAAAACACCUCUCAAUUAAAAGGCUAACUUGCAUUUCCCCAUCCAGUGCUACCAUUGCCCUAGGAAGCGAACUCUCAGGUGGGAUUCAGGACGUCAGGGCCGAACACAUCUUAUCCAUCAACACCGAAUCCGGCCUGAGGGUCAAGACCACCCCUGGCCGGGGCGGCUUCGUCAAAGACAUCUACGUUAGAAAUGUUGAAUACGAUACCAUGAAGUACGUGCUAUGGAUGAUAGCCGAUUACGGCGAUAAUCCCGAUGACAAUUACGACCCCAAAGCGCUGUCUACUAUAAGCGGGAUAAGUUACAGUAAUAUCAAGGCCAAAAACGUGACCAUCGCUGGGUAUCUCAUCGGCUUUGGGAAUCAUCAUCCCUUCACCGGACUUUGUAUGUCUAACGCGACGAUUGAGAUGCACCAGAACACGGAAUUAUCAUUGGAGGAGAAGAAACAGAAACCCGCGGCGUGGAACUGCUCAGAUAUCAGCGGUGUUGCCAGCUCUAACGUGACUCCUAGCCCGUGUGGUCAAUUGGCUAAAAAGCAUGAUGUUGUGUGCAACUUCCCUACUGAUCAACUCCCAAUCGAGAAAGUUGAGCUCAAGACUUGUUCUGCUCCUCUUAAGCACCUGGAGUAGCCCAGCUUUGGUUAUUUUCUUUUAGAAACGGUAAAUAUGAUGCAUGUGAGUACACUAAUGUGUAAGUAUUUUCCCACAUAUGUGAUUUUUGUAUGACUGAAUUUUGAAUUUUGCAUGAUCUGGCCAUGUCUGCAAGUUUAUUUUUGUCCUGCUCCUCUUAUCGUGUGAAUAUAUAUUAGUAUAGUUGCCUAAUAA